AUGUUGUUAAGCCGAGAAAAUAUUGAAGAUCACUCGGCUAGAAUGACGGCGGCUACGGGGUACACUCGACUAACCAAAGCGGCUUACCGACUUAGCACCGCAGACAGCAACCGGUACAGUGCGAGCGAACGACGUGGUGGAGUACGCUGUGUGCACGGUGCUGGGCGGACGGAUGAAACCGCGACAACGAGACAAGUAGACAACUCUACGUAG